AGCACUCUCAUCCUAUCUUUUCAGAUAUCUCUACUUAUAAGUUUCAAUUUUGUGGUAAUUAAGAGAAUCAACCUCACUUAAUUAAGCUAAACAGCUAAUCCCACCAUAGAUUUAUGCAAGUCAAUACAGCUUGAUGUUAAUGGGCACAAGUCAUGGAUCUGUUUUUCAUUAUUAAUCAUGUGAAAAACUUAAGGUACAAGUUGGAGAUAUUAAAGAAAACAAAAACUAGACAUAAAAUUUGAGCAUCUCUUCUUGUUCAAUUAUUCUCUAUAUAAAUAUACACAACUAAAAUAUUCAUAUCAUUGGUUCCCUUUGAUUUGUUCAUCCAUGGCUACUUUUCUGUGGCUUUCCUUUAUCUCUGUCUCUCUUUUCAUCAUUCCUGGAUUAACAUUAAGUGACAAUUAUAUUGUUCAUAUGGAUUUAUCGGCCAUGCCUAAAGCCUUCUCUACCCAUCAUAGUUGGUACUUGGCCACUCUUUCUUCUAUUUCUGCAGUGUCUAAUAAUGGCGGAGGCGGAGGCGGAGGCGGAAGCGGAAGCGCCAUUGCAGAUUCGAAAAUUCUUUAUAGUUAUACUCAUGUAAUUAAUGGUUUUAGUGCUCAUCUUUCUCCUUUUGAGCAUGAAGCCUUGAAGAAAUCUCCAGGCUACAUUUCUUCCUUUAAAGAUCUUCCUGUUAAACUAGACACAACUCGUUCACCCACAUUUCUUGGUCUCACUUCCAACUCUGGUGGAGCAUGGCUGCCCUCGAAUUAUGGGGAAGAUAUCAUUAUUGGAGUUGUGGAUACCGGAAUUUGGCCGGAAAGUGAAAGCUACAGUGACAAGGGAAUUUCUGGAAUUCCAAAAAAAUGGAAAGGGGAAUGUGAGAGUGGCACUCGAUUCAACUCUUCAUUGUGCAACAACAAGCUAAUCGGAGCUCGCUUUUUUAAUAAAGGACUAAUUGCAAGUAAUCCAAACAUCACUAUUUCCAUGAACUCAACCCGUGACACCGACGGCCAUGGCACCCACACCUCAAGUACGGCGGCUGGAAAUUUUGUGGAAGGUGCAGAGUUCUUUGGGUAUGCCCCUGGAACUGCUGCUGGAGUAGCUCCCAGGGCUCAUGUAGCCAUGUACAAAGCUCUUUGGGAUGAAGGCGCUCUUGCAUCCGAUAUAAUUGCUGCAAUCGAUCAAGCAAUCAUUGAUGAAGUAGAUGUCUUGUCGAUUUCACUAGGCUUGGACGGUGUUCCUUUGUAUGAAGAUCCUAUCGCCUUAGCCUCGUUUGCUGCCUUGGAGAAGAAUAUAUUUGUUUCAACUUCUGCAGGAAACGAAGGGCCUUUCCGUAGUACGCUACACAACGGCAUUCCUUGGGUGUUAACUGUUGCUGCUGGCACAUUAGACCGGUCAUUCGAUGCCGUUUUGACAUUUGACAAUGGAGUUUCAGUCACCGGCUCGUCUCUCUAUCCUGGUAAUUACACUUCCACACAAGCUCCAAUCGUCUUCUUGGAUACUUGUCUCAAUACCAAAAAAUUAGAUGCCGUUGGUCAAAAAAUUGUCGUCUGUCAAGACAAAAAUGCUUCCUUAGACGACCAAUUUGAUAACCUAAGGAGCGCGAAUAUCACUGGAGGUGUUUUUAUAACAAAUUACACAGACCUUGAAUUAUUCCUCCAAAGUGGAUUUCCAGCAAUAUUCGUGAUUCCAAAAGAUGGGGAAACGAUCAAAGAUUUCAUUAAAAGCAGAAACAACCCACAAGCCAGCAUGGAGUUUCGACAAACAAAAGUGGGUAUCAAAGAAGCUCCAACUCUUACAAGCUACAGCUCUAGAGGACCAUCUCCAAGUUGCCCAUAUGUAAUGAAGCCUGAUAUUAUGGCUCCUGGUGCUUUAGUGUUAGCUGCAUGGCCAGAAAAUGUUGCAGUACUGAAACUCAAUUCCAAACUAAUGUACAGCAACUUCAAUAUAUUAUCUGGUACGUCAAUGUCUUGCCCACAUGCAGCAGGAGUCGCAGCACUUUUAAAGAAGGCACACCCAGACUGGAGCCCCGCCGCAAUCCGGUCAGCCAUGAUGACCACCGCGGACACCGCGGAUCAUACUGAAGGGCCUAUUCAAGAUAUUGGGAAUGAAAACCAACCGGCAAGUCCUUUAGACAUGGGAGCUGGAGAAGUUAAUCCUAGUAAGGCAUUAGAUCCUGGCCUGAUUUAUGACUUGAAUUCAACUGAUUACGUGAAACUUCUUUGUGGAUUAAACUUUACAGCUAACCAAAUAAAAACUAUCACGAGAUCAUCUUCUAACGAUUGUUCAUCCCCGUCUUUGGACCUCAACUACCCUGCUUUUAUUGCUUUCUUUAACUCUAACGAGUCAAAAUUGGGUUUGGCCACCGUUACAGAAUUUCACAGGACAGUGACCAAUGUAGGUGAAAGAACGUCAAUUUACACGGCAAAAGUGACACCCAUGGAUGGAUUAAAGGUCAGUGUGGUUCCAGACAAGUUGGAGUUCAAAAGCAAGUAUGAAAAGCUAAGUUACAAACUGGUGGUAGAAAGUCAAAGCCAGCUAAGACAAAAUGUAAUCUAUGGUUAUCUUAGUUGGGUUCAUUCCGAGGGUAAAUACGUUGUCAAGAGUCCCAUUGUUGUCACAAGCUUAAGCUCAGAGGCAAUUACUUCUUAGAAGAUCUAACCAUGUCAAGUAGUAUUUUUUUUUUUCCCCCUAGAAUAAGUAAUUUGUAUUGCUACUUGUACACUUUACAGGUCAACAAGCAUUUUCCUAUAUCCAUUGUUGAAAUAAAGUUAAUCUGCAUGCAUUAACGGUUC